CAAUCGCUCGCGGGAGAGAAGCUGGGUUAUGGCGGCGUGUGAUUUCGGCCCCGGUAUGUCGAUUGGAUCUCUCUAGGCGCUCCUUGGUUGCUUCGCUCGACUACAAUGCCUCUGGUUGCGAAUUCGCUGUCUGCGCCUUCGAUUUGCGGUGCCCAAUUCCAGCGCCAAGCCUGCUCGCCAUCGACCUCAUCGGCAUCGACAGUGGCAUGCUCUUCACGGCACAAAAUCUCAUCCAGAACAGUGCCGUCGAUCACGUCUCAGCCUCGCCGCCGCAGGGCAGGGCUCGCAAUCUGCGAGAUUGCGGUGGGGCGGCAGGGCGCAGCGGCGGCGGCGGCGGCAGCGGCGGGCGUGGGAUCGAGGAUCAGAGUGAAAGGGCCGCUCAAGGUGUUCCAUGUUCCCAAGAAUCCAGAGUUUGAUCUCGGGGGCCAGGAGGGAGAGGUGAAAGAGGUUCUCACGAGCUGGAAGGGGAAGAUCAUCUCCGCGAAUUUGCCAUACAAGACCCAGUUUGCGCUGAGCAUCGACGGCAAGGAGGUGAAGCUGAUCGCCCAUCUGCGGGAGGACGAAUUCGAGGUCAUCGGAUGAUUGAGAGAGAUCGAAGCGAAGAAUUUGUGAGCGAAUUCUUUUUGCGUCUCGUUUGAAAUAAUAUCCAACGACAAGAAUGUAGGGUUCUUGUUCUUAGGGCU